AUGAUCAUCAUCACCGGCGGGGCCAGCUUCGUCGGUUCGAACAUUGUGAAAGAGUUGAACAACCGUGGCAUCACCAACAUCAUCGUUGUCGAUGACAUGACUGAUGGAUCCAAGUUCCGUAAUCUGGUCGACUGCAAAAUCGCUGAUUACAUCGACGACGCUACCUUCCGCGAGAAUAUUCGAACCAGGUCGAUUCACCACCGUCCCCGUGCCAUUUUCCACUAUGCUACUAACACUUCCCCUGCCGAGACCGAUGGCAAGAGGGUCCUCGAUGCUUACUUCACCUACUCCAAAGAACUCCUCACCUGGUGCAAGGAAAAAGGCGUGCGCUUCAUCUAUGGCUCUUCGGCUGCUGUCUAUGGAGAUGGUCCUGUCUUCAGCGAAAGUGAAGCCCAGGAAGCCCCACUGAACGUUUAUGGAUACUCGAAGAUGCUGUUCGACCAGUAUGUUAUCAGAAACACCGACGUUCGCUCUCCCCAGGUUGCCGGACUGCGUCUCUUCAACGUCUACGGACCGGGUGAACAAUACAAGACAGCUUCGCCUAGCACUGUUUACCAGUUCUACCAGAGUCUCAAGGCCUUCAAGGCCAUUGAGCUCUUCGGUGAAAUCGCUGGAGUCGCAGCCGGACAACAGAAACGUGACUUCGUCCACGUCGAAGAUGUCGCUCGCCUUAACUGUUGGUUCCUCGAGCAUCCAGAGAUCCAGGGUAUCUACAAUGUCGGUACCGGUGUUGCCAGCAGCUUCCAUGAUGUUGCCACCAUCGUCGCAAAGCAUUUCGGCAAGUCCGAAGGCCACAUCAAGAACAUUCCCCUCCCUGUCCAUCUAAGGAUAAGAUACCAGAGCUACACCUGCGCUGACAUCUCUAAGCUUCGUCGUUCUGGCUCUGUACUGCGUUUCCGGGGCAUCAAGGAAGGCAUCGAGGAUUACCUCAACUGGCUUGACGAAAACGAUCAGCCUGGCCGGCCCGCCCAGUCUGACCAAUGA